AUGUUAAGAGCAAUCGGUCUAAAUUCAUUGAAAACGUCGACUAGGUUGGCAAGACACUCCACAUGUCGUACUCUGGUUACAACAACAAUAAGACAGAAUUCCCAACAAUCUAAAACUAUUAUUAAUAAUGAGAAACCAAUGAGAAUCGACAGGGAAUUGCCUGAUCCAAGGGCUGACAGAAAGAAACAGUGGGCAGGUUUUGCUGCUUUCUCCGUCGCAAUGUGCUCCGCCUUAGCCAUCAUGUUCAAUUAUGAGAAGACAGAAAAUCCAAUUAUAUCUGAUACAUUAUACCAACUACGUAAGUCUGCCACUACGAAGGAAUGGUUAGGAGAGAAUAUCGAGUUUGACGGUAUCAUUCCAUGGGUAUAUGGGAAACUAAAUCCUGUGGCAGGUAUCAUUAAUAUCACAUUUUACAUUAAAGGUGAUAAAAACCAAUCAGGUAUGAUUAGAUUGGUCGCAGAUAGAGAAAACCGUCGUGAUGAAUUCUUGAUUCAUGAAUGGAGUCUAACAGUUAAUGACAAGAAGUUCGAUUUAUUAAGUGAAAGUUCUUCUAAGACCUUAAAUCACAAUUAG